AUGGAGGAUGUUCUGAUGGAGAAGAUGAGAAAAUUCAAGUUAUCAGACAAGGAAGAGAAUGGGUUACAAAUUGAGGAAGAGGAUUUUGCUCUUGCCUUGAAAGACUGUAAGCAGAGUCUAAUAGGAAAGGUUUAUGGGGAUAAAAAGAUCAAUUUCAGUGGGUUGAAAGCGACAUUAAGAAACAUUUGGGUGACUCAGAAGCAGUUUUCCAUGAGAAAUAUUGGGACAAACUUAUUUCAGUUCAUCUUUCAGACAGUGGAAGACAAAUUGAAGGUUCUUCAUGGAAAGACAUGGUCCUUUGAUGGACAAUACCUAUUGUUGAAAGAAUGGGAUCCAAAUGCUACUGAUUUUACAAGAGAAGAGGAGAAAAUCAAAAUCCGGAUGGGUCUCAAAAUUGGAGGGAUUAUUGGGAAGGUUCUGAAUGUACAAACCCCAGGAGCUGGCAGCCCCCAUGGUAAUUUGAUCCAAGUCCAGGUGGAGCUAAAUCUAAGGGAGGCUAUACCAAGGGGUACUAAGCUGAAGUUGGGAACAGAAACUAGAUGGGUUGACUUCAGGUAUGAAAAUCUCCAAUCUUUCUGCUUUUACUGUGGUUUAAUUGGGCAUGUUGAUAAAAACUGCCCUGAGAAAAGAGAUGAUUUAACUAGAAAAAUGUUGAACUUUGGUCAAUAUGGGGAUUGGUUGAGAGCCACUCACAUUUCUUUGAAUGAAUUUAAAAGUUUGAAGGCAUCUGAGGCUAGGGAUAACAACACUGAUAAUUCUCAAAAAGUGUCUAGUCAAGAAGAGGGUGUGGGAAAAAAGGGUAGUGGGGUCAGUGAGUCUUCUAUUAGAGGGGAGUCUCCUCCUGGCAACCAUCUUUUGGGUAUGGAGAGAGAUAUUGGGGAGGAUAGUAUUGAGAGAGUUAAGGAAGGGAGUUGUUCAACCCCUACUAAACCCUCUCGAGCACCCACUAAGGAACCCUCUCCUGUUGAUACUAGGAAUCAACUUGUAGAAGUUGCAAUCCAGGCUAUGACAACAGAGUCUCAAGAUGUCCUAAAAAGGAAAAAAUAUGUUAUUACUAAGCCAAUGAUACCAUUUAUCCCUGAGGAUAUGGUGGUUGAGGUCCCUUUACAAAGCUCUCUGCUCCCUGUUUCUUUUACUUCUCUGCAUAAAAGGAGUUUAGAUGAAUGUCUUCAGUUAUCUUCUUCUCAUGCAGAGAGUAGUGAUCAAAAGAAAAAAACAAAAAUGUCCAAUCUAAAUGAAUCAGAUGUGGUGGAGUGGGAUAUUUUGUGUAGUAUUAAGGAUCAGUGGGGUGAUAUGUGGUUUUUGGGGGGUGAUUUUAAUGCUAUUUUGUCGAAUGAAGAUAAAAAUGGGGGUAGAGUUAGGGAUCAGGUCAGUUUUCAACCAUUUAGGGAUUGGGUGUCUGCUAUGGACAUGAGUGAAACUAGAACCCAAGGUCAUCACUUUACAUGGUCUAAUCUUAGACAGGGGUCCGACUUUAUUGAAGCUAAAUUGGAUAGGAUUUUCUUUUCUCAUGAGUGGCUUUCUCAAUUCCCAAAUGCCAUUGUUAAUCACAUUUCAGUUAUAUCCUCUGAUCACAGUAUACUGUUAUUGGAGAGUGACUGUACCUUGAAGUUAAAACCCAAAAGGUUUGUGUUCGAUGCUAGAUGGGUUAAACUUGAGGGUUUUAAGACAGUGGUAGAAAAAGCCUGGAACUUACCAGUGAAUGGGCCACCUCUGUAUAGCAUUCAAGGUAGGAUUAGGAAUGUGAGAAAGGCUUUAUUAGCCUGGAAAAGAACUCACACUACUAAUUCAGCCAAGAUGAUUGCUAUAUGUCAAGAACAGUUUAUGGAAUUGGAAAGUGAGGGUAGCAGCAGAAAUUGGGGUGAGUGGAAUAACUGGAAAAGUAAGCUUCAUCAGGCUUAUUUAGAUGAGGAGAAGUAUUGGAGAGAUAAAUCUAGAAUCCUAUGGAUUAGUGAAGGUGAUAUAAAUACUAAGUAUUUUCAGGCCACUGUGCAGCAAAGAAGAAAACAAAAUGGUCUAGAAAAUCUUAAGGACUCUAGGGGUAGAAGGUGUAGUAAUGAGCAUGAAAUAACUAGAGAGUUGGAACAUUACUUUAAUCAAUUGUUCACUACUUCAGUCCCAGAUGUUGAUGUUUGUGAUCUGAAUGGAAUACCUCAAUCCAUAAAUGAUGAUAUGAACCAGAUGUUGACUUCUGCUGUGACUGUGAAGGAGAUAUAUGCAGGUGAUCCAAUCUCCCCAUAUCUUUUUGUCAUCCUUUCUGAAGCCCUUUCCAGUUUGAUAAAUCAAGCAGUUAUUAAUUCCUUGUAUUAUGGUAUUAAAAUUAGUAGAUAUUCCCCUCCUAUUUCUCAUCUUUUGUUUGCUGAUGAUACUAUUUUAUUUUGCUCUGCUGAUGUUUAUCAUGCUUCUCUCAUUCUUCAAAUCCUUGAUAGAUUUGGCACUUCCUCUGGUCAAACUGUCAACUUGAUGGGGGAUGGGCAUCUCAUUUCUACCUGGGAACAUCCUUGGCUUCCUAGGAUUUCUAACCCUUCUCUUACUUGCUGUUUUCCAAGGGAUAUGGUUAAAUUGGCUAGAGUGAAUGAUCUUAUGAUUGAGGGGGGAGGAGAAUGGGACAGGGAAUUGAUAAGACAGUCCUUUAAGCCUGAUGAGGCAGAGAUUAUACUAAAAAUCUCUGUUUCUAGAAUAGGUAGAAGGGACAAACUGGUGUGGAUGUUUGGGAAAUUUGGGAAAUUUGAUGUGAAAUCAGCAUAUAAUGCUAUUUUGGCUGAGGUAGGUAAAAACAAGUCAGAGGCCAGCUCUAGUGGAGGCCUAAAUAUAAGAAAAAACUGGUGGAAGUUGACAUGGACUCUCCCUGUUAAACCUAAAAUCAAACACUUCUUAUGGAAGUGUUGGUACAGAUUUCUGAGUUCUAAUGAUCAAUUGUUGCAGAGGAACAUAGAAGUGAAUAGUACAUGUAUGCUGUGUGGGGUAGGAGUGGAAGAUCUUGACCACAUCCUUUUUUCCUGUGAGAGAGCCAAAAUGGUGUGGAAGCUGAGUGGAGUAACCUGGAAUAUGCUAGAAACUCCUAAACCUAGCUUUAGAUGUUGGUGGAGUGAAGUUUGUAGUGCAGUACAAUCCAUAAGCCUCAAAGAUAGAACAAGUUUAUCUUGUUAUAUACUUUGGUGGCUGUGGAAAACCAGGAACUUGUGGGUGUUUGAAAAAAAGAAACUGAAUGAAUGGCAGGUGGCAGAAGGUGCUAAAUUAGAGUGGAUGGAGUUUCUGAAUUUGCAGGACCUGGCUAGGAGCAGAUUAAGGGAGAAGGAACUACACUCCAGACAGUGGAGCUUUACUGUCAGUGCCUUGAGCUCCUCAAGCAAUCAACUGGAGAUAUCUUGCUUAGCUGAGAAAGAGGGUGAUGAAGCCCAGAUUCUGAAAACAAACUUGUGGUUUAAUGGAUGCAAAGAAGGCAUGGUACUUGAAGCUGUCAGGUGGGCCAUGAUGCAGGCUGUUCAAAGGAGCUGGCUAGAUUGUAAUUUCAAGCUAAAUGACAAACAUCUGGCUGCCAAACUGUAA